AUGCAUGUAUGCAAGGACCAUUCAGCUUUCAGGCAGAAAGCAAUAGUUAGGCAGGUGCAAUCAGGUGCAAUCAAGGACUCCAUCAUUGUCAUCAAUGCUAUUUUAUGUUUUGUAGAUUUAAACAUUGAUGGAGAAAGAGGAGAAAGUGAAACAGCCACCCUGGAGGCAUCUGAACAAGAAGAAUCAGACCGGGAGAGGAACCACCUCACCUCAGUGGGGAGACCUGCUUCCCUCCACUCCCUUGACUUCCCUCCCUCUUCCUCCUCCUCGGAUCUGGAUGAACCCAGCUCACCAAGACUGUCCAAGCGGCGCCGAGUGGAGCCCAACUGUGCCAAGCCUCGGCGAGCCAGGACAGCCUUUACAUACGAGCAGCUUGUGGCUCUGGAGAACAAGUUCAGGGCAACACGAUACCUGUCAGUGUGUGAACGCCUCAACCUAGCUCUGUCGCUCAGCCUGACGGAGACACAGGUCAAAAUCUGGUUUCAGAACCGGAGGACAAAAUGGAAGAAACAAAAUCCCGGAAUUGAUGGCCUGGUCCAACCAGGAAACAACAAUACUGUGACCCCAGCAGCAGGAAGUAGCAGUCCCAGCCCACCGGGACCUAGCUCCUUGGCCUACCAGACUUUCCCAUCUUAUGCUUCGGCCAAUCUUCUGUUUCCAACAGCAGCUUCCCUUCCCUUGGUGGCUGCUGCAGCAGCAGCAGGAGGAGGGGCCUUCCCUUCCUUCCUUCGCCCUGCUUAUCUGACUCCAUUCUAUAACCCUCACCUCUAA